UAAGACAAUGUUGCUUAAGGUGAUGGGAUGCAAUUGCUACUCAUUAAAUUAUUUAGUGUGGAUAUCAGAUCUUUGUUUCUUUGUUAGUUAUGGCGAACACUUCUUGUCCCAUUGAACUGGAGCCUAGGACACUGAAUCAAGUGCAGCUCACUCAAGCAAGGGAAGUAGCUGCAAAGGUAGUUCAAAAGUUGGAACCGUGUGAAGCAUCAGCACUGUUUAUUGAGGGGCUGAUGCAUCCAAUACAGGAGGUGAUGCAUAUGGAUGAAAAUGGAAGCCUAGCUGAGAAGCUUGUUGAUUGCAUGAAGAAGGCUGAGUCCAUCCCUGAUGACAAAGCUUGCCAUUGCCAAUGCUCGUGCGCUGCUGAAAACCCAUUUAAAGAACCACUUUCUGCACCGUUUUGAUUAAUGCUUUAUUACUUUACAUACGGGUGGUGUCAAUGCAAAUAUUGCUAAUAAAGUGCAGGUUUCAUACGUUGUUCCUUUUAUUA